AUAUCAAAAUUGGCGGUAAAUUAACAAGUUCAAGAAAUGACUUGGUAGUGAGGGGACUAAUUUUAAAUUUGGAAAACUAUGGGGACUAAUUUGUGGACUCAUAGCUGACACUUUUUUCAAAUUGAGAAUACCAAAUUUUUAUUUUAUCAUAUAAGUUUUAAGUUAAUUUAAAAAUAUGUAUUUUACGAAUUUUGCGCUUAACAGUGCUAUAGCACUCGUGGUAGUUUUAACAGCGAAUUCGGUUACAAGUCAUAGUAUAGGUGUAUCUAACUUUACUGCCGUGGAUAAUGCGACGUUCGAGGUAUCCGAAGAGACCGAUGUUCCAUCGUUGGAGAUAUUCGGGGAUACGACACACUUCGAGGAUCCGAUCACGGUACGGGUGAGUGCUUCUGCGUCGACGAUAUCGUCCAGGAGGGACCUCAGGAACACACAAAACUCCCCCAAGUCCACAGACAUGGACACAGGGAAGGUUCUGGAGCAAAUCAUGACAGGCACCGAGUCGAAAAACGAUAUCCCGAGUAGACUGCCGGUCCAGAAGAUGUCGAAGAUGGUGAAGAACCAAACUGAGAUGGGGAGUCUGGAGGAGUUGCUGGACAUAUACAGCGCGUCACGACUAGCCUCUGUGUGGAAUCGAACCGUGGACCUCCAAAUAAGUGACCAGUGUCGUGAGGACAUCACCGGGUAUCUUAGAGGACUACGGCGAGGAGAUCUGUGGGCACUGCAGAUGAGUGAUGCGAGUGGAAGAUAUGGAGGCAGUUUUCUCUGGGGUAACACCUACUGGUUGGGCUCAGCCACCCUAUGUCAUCAGAUUAGUGAUAUGGCUGCUAAACCUCCGUUUCCGCUCGGGUUUUAUGUUCUACGCACACACAUCGUACUUGACGUCAGAAUCACACCUCAGGCAAGGUCCCAGCUGAUGGGAGUGUGUCUCCCCAGGUCAUGUGACUCAACUGAUGUCUCCCAUGUUGUGGAACUGUCGGCUCGCUCGGCUCGGCUCGGCUCACAAAGGAAUGUUGAGGUAGAAGCAAUCAAGUCCCCUCAAACUGAGUACAUCAUGAGUGACGACCCUAUCUUUGUGAUGAUUGUAGUGGCAUGUGUGGUGGUUGGAUUGUUCCUGACAGUCGGUACAGUUUUGGAUAUCUAUCGCCAAAGGAAGAUUGCAUCGAGCUCCAACUUUACAUAUGACAACUACACCUUUGUCUUUUCAAAGUCAACCCAUUGUAGCAUCAACACAACAACUGUACCCGUCAAGAUGGGAAUGUCCAGAGAGAAUAACAACAGGAGACUGACCGAAAGCGAGACACCUACUGAGGGAAGUGAUCCAACGACGGAAAAUAACUCUGUUACAAGUGACGAGACAGUCAUCAAAACAGGUUUGCUGACAGAGAUUCUACUGUCGUUCUCUAUCAGGAAGAACUUGUUGACUAUCUGUGACCAGUCCGUGGGAGAUGACACUAUACCCACAGUGCACGGGUUGAGGUCCAUCUCCAUGGCUUGGGUCAUCCUCGGUCACACGUGCAUUGUGGCAUUCAAAUACUCAGACAAUAUGUCAUACAGAGGAGUUGUAGAAAGAGAAUUUUUGUUCCAAACCAUCAACAACGGAGCCUUUUCUGUCGAUACAUUCUUCUUUAUAAGUGGACUUCUAGUCUCUUACUUGUAUUUCCGCACAACCGCCAAGCAUGAUGUCACCAAGCUAACUAGGACAAAAGGAUUUCUCUCAAAUGUUCUUCAGUUCAUAGGAAUGAUAGUGUAUAGAUUUUGCAGACUGACCACGCCCUACCUGUUUGUGCUCGGGGUGGUUCAAGUGUCAAUGAAGUGGUUCCACUACAACUCCGUGUUUGAACCUCCGGCAGCUGACCAUAUCAACUGUCCCAAGUACUGGUGGCGCAACCUGCUCUACGUCAACACACUCUUCCCAGUCAAAGAUAUGUGCAUGUUGUGGAGCUGGUACCUAGCAGACGACACACAAUUCUUUGUUUUGGGCACCAUACUUCUUAUAAUGGCUGUCAAAAACUUUCGUGCAGCUGCUUCCCUUUUGGUCAUUUUUAUGGUGAGUUCUUGGAUGACGACGAUGUACAUCGCUUACACCAACCAACACAUGCCUAAUGUGGAUGACCCACUAGCUCUGUUUGACAAGAUAUAUGACAAGCCUUGGACCAGACUAGGACCCUACCUCGUUGGCAUGUCUGUUGGCUGGAUCCUCUUCAAAACUGACUGCAAAAUGAAGAUUCACAAGGCUGUAGUAGCUGUGUGCUGGACCCUAUCAGUGUCUCUGCUUCUCUUCCUCAUCUACGGCCUGUACGAGCAAGAGUUACACCCCAUCACAGCAGCAGCCUACUCCUCCCUCAGUCACACACUGUGGGCCCUCGGCCUAGCGUGGGUCGUCAUCGCCUGCUCCACUGGCUACGGAGGUUUUGUGAACAAGAUCCUGUCAGCGACGAUUCUUUAUCCCUUCAGCAGAGUCACUUAUUGCGCUUAUCUUGUUCAUCCAAUACUGAUUAGGAUAUUUGCAAUGAAGAUGGACAGUCCAAUUCACUUGGGCAAGGAUCUGGUGUUGAUAAUGUUCCUGGGAGUUCUGGUAGUAUCGUACUUUCUGUCACUUGUGAUUUCACUCGCAUUCGAAGCCCCAGCUGUCACGCUACUCAAGAUCUUUUCGUUUAAACACAAGACUAAAUAGUUAUUUCCACAAUUUUAUGUGAUUUUUGUUAAUAUUUUAGUGAUAUUGUACAUAAGCUACGAUUGAUGAGUUGUUUCCCAUUGGAAUUUAAAAACUUUGCAGUUUAUUUUUAAAGCUAUUAUUAAGAUAUGUUGAUUUAAAUAAAGAAAAAAUAAGUAUCUUUUACUAUAAGGCAG